GCGGCCAUGGCGGACGGAGUGCUGUUCCGGCGUGGCACCGGACAGAGCGACGACUCGGAUAUCUGGGACGACACGGCUCUCAUCAAGGCGUACGACAAGGCGGUGGCCUCCUUCAAGAAUGCCUUAAAGAAUGGAGAAUGCUCGGAGCCUUCAGAGAAGCAGGAUCAGCGCCUUGUGAUAAAGAGAAAAAGCCAUAAAAAGAUCAGAAAUAGAAAGAAGAACAAUACAGCGCCUUUGAAACAGUGGAAGGUUGGUGACAGCUGCAGUGCUGUUUGGUCUGAGGAUGGUAAUUUGUAUCUAGCAACUAUUGCCUCCAUCAACCAGAAGAGGGGCACAUGUGUUGUCACUUACACGGGAUAUGGAAAUCAAGAGGAGCAGAACCUGGCUGAUCUACUUCCUCCUGCCAGCGAUGAAACUGUAAAUGGGAUGGGGCAUUCUGGAGAGAAUGACAGUGAGACUCCAUAUUCAACAGAUGAAAGUGAAAAAUCUUCCCAGUCACCCCGAAACAAAAACAACUGCACAAAAGCAAGAUUUUCCCCUCAAAACUUGAGAUUUCCCACACCACCACUGCCAGCCCCAGGCCUAGGAAAGUCUGGAUCAAAAUUCAAGGCACCUCCAUCAUUUUUAUCUUGCGGGCCCCCACCUUUCCCAGCAGGACCACCAUUGAUUCCUCCUCCACCACCACCCAUGAGACCAGACUCUGCUGACGAUGAUGAAGCGUUGGGGAGCAUGUUAAUAGCCUGGUACAUGAGUGGUUACCACACUGGAUAUUACCUGGGUUUAAAACAAAGCCGAAUGGAAGCAGCACUGGAGAGACAAACCCAUGCAAAGUGACCGAAUAUCCAAAAUCGUUCUGAAGGAUUGUAAGUAUUGUAGCUUUGUGUGAAGUGAAGAUACAGUCAAGUUCUGAACUCCCUUCAAAAAGCUCUGGCUUUGGGACUUUGACCCACUCCUACAGCUCUCUGUGAAGACUACUUCUGCCAGUAGUAAUUCCUUCUUUGCUUAGCAGCUGUGGAAUUGUAUUUUUGUGACUAGAAUGAAAGUAUUAGUUGCUCUGAUGAGAGUUUUAACUACAGCAUCUGUCUACAUCAUAGUGGGUUGUUUUGGGAACAAAAGGUUGUAAGUGAAAUGCAGUUUUUUCAUCUGUGUUUCCUUACACAGAUGGGAUGGUAGGUUGUAGGUAAAUUUUGUUUUCAGGACAAAUUCAGUUUGGUAAUAUUCAGCAGUUCAGUUCCAGUACUUCAGCACCUAUGCUUUUAUUUGAAAUGCUUUGUCCAGAAUUCUCCAGUGUAUUGUUCACUUCCUUAUAAAACAAAACUAUAUUGUCCUGGGGAAUUGUUUUCUGAUUUUCUGUGACAACAUGUAAUUUCUGUAUAAUUGAGUAAUUCUUUGUGUGUUUAAAACCAAAAAGCUCUUUUAUACUAAUUUUUGCUUCUUUUUUAAAGCCAGGUACAAAUUCCACUGAGAGAUGUAUAUCACUUAUGUGUUGGGGAUUGUGAAGAACUGAAUUUUAUCGAGACAAUUAGUCAUAGCAUUUUCUUAACACUGAGCUGUCCCUAUUAACAAAUAAAAAACUUCAGACUAGUAAUUAAAUUCAGUUGAAAUGGACUAUUUCUUAAAGACCUCUAGUCAAAUGUAUUUCAAAAGUACUGCAGCAACAAAAUACUUUUUACUUCCCUGAGCCAAUUUCAAGUCUUCUUACCACAAUAGAUUUAACUCUUCUGACUCCAUGUGAUAGUUUCAUUUAUCUCUCAAUACAUCUUGCAUUCCUCAGACUUUCUAUCUGAAUGGCAGCACCAGAAGGAUUGAUUAUGGUAUCCUUUUUAUGAGAGAGCUAUGGCAGCAAUGUGUGUUACAGGGGCCACUGGUGGCACUGACAUGGAAAACACUGCACUGUCAUAAUAGGAGGGACAUCUUACAGGUCUGAUUAGAAUCAUGAAAUACGACAGCUGGUUUCAGGAAGGCUAUUGUCUUGUUUCAAAUGUGUGAAUAAAGUUCUACUUCUUGA